AUGGCAGCACAAUCUCUGUUUGUAUCAACUAGUGUUUGCUCAAAGUUUUCCAGCUUAGGUGAAGAACAGAGGAUAUGGUAUGCUGGAUUGAAGAAGAAGAAGAAAAACCCAAGUAGUUUAAAGCUUUCAUCUUGCUCCAGGAUAAAGAUAAGAGCAUCUUCUUAUAGUGCUGAUACACCGGCGGUUGAAAUACCUCAUAAAUGGUACAACAUAAUUGCAGAUCUUCCCGUCAAACCUCCUCCUCCCCUGAACCCCAAGACUUUUGAGCCUGUGAAACCAGAGGACUUGUCUCCUCUAUUUCCUGAUGAAUUGAUCAAACAGGAAGCAACCACAGAACAGUUCAUUGAUAUUCCUGAGGAGGUUAGAGAUAUUUAUAAGCUGUGGCGUCCAACCCCUCUAAUCAGAGCAAGAAGGUUGGAGAAAUUGCUUGAUACACCUGCUAGAAUUUAUUACAAAUAUGAAGGCAAUAGUCCAGCUGGUUCACACAAAGCCAAUACCUCUGUUCCUCAAGCAUGGUAUAAUGCACAGGAAGGAGUGAAGAAUGUGGUCACAGAAACUGGUGCUGGGCAAUGGGGAAGUGCAUUGGCAUUUGCCUGCAGUUUGUUUAAUCUCAACUGUGAAGUAUGGCAAGUUCGAGCAUCAUAUGAUCAGAAGCCAUAUCGUCGUCUGAUGAUGCAAACUUGGGGAGCUAAAGUCCACCCUUCGCCUUCCAAUGUUACUGAAGCUGGCAGGAAACUUCUCCAAAUGGAUCCAACAAGCCCUGGAAGUCUUGGAAUAGCUAUUUCAGAAGCUGUCGAAGUUGCUGCUAAAAAUGGCGAUACCAAGUAUUGUUUAGGAAGCGUUCUCAAUCAUGUUCUGUUGCAUCAAACUGUGAUUGGUGAGGAAUGUAUCAAGCAGAUGGAAGCCGUAGGGGAAGCUCCAGAUAUUAUCAUUGGGUGUACUGGAGGUGGAUCAAAUUUCGGUGGGCUUGCAUUUCCAUUCAUUAGAGAGAAAAUUAAAGGAAAAAUCAAUCCUCAGAUAAAAGCUGUUGAACCCACAGCAUGCCCUUCUUUAACAAAGGGCGUGUACGCUUAUGAUUAUGGAGACACUGCAGGGAUGACUCCUUUGAUGAAGAUGCACACACUUGGACAUGAUUUUAUUCCUGAUCCGAUUCAUGCCGGAGGCCUUCGUUAUCAUGGCAUGGCUCCAUUGAUUUCACAUGUCUAUGAACAAGGCUACUUGGAAGCACUUGCGAUUCCUCAGACUGAAUGCUUUCAAGGCGCAAUACAAUUCGCUAGGACGGAGGGAUUGAUACCGGCGCCUGAACCAACUCACGCGAUAGCUGCCACGAUCAGGGAGGCUUUGAAAUGCAAAGAGACCGGGGAAUCAAAAGUGAUUCUGAUGGCAAUGUGUGGGCAUGGCCAUUUUGAUUUGCCGGCUUAUGAGAAGUAUUUGCAAGGGUCUAUGGUUGAUCUGUCAUUCUCUGAGGAUAAGAUAAGAGAAUCAUUGUCUAAGAUUCCUCAGCCAAAUUUGCCUUAUCGUAUGUUGAUCCAUGGACAUUUAAUCUUCUCUGUUAAAGAGGAGAUUCGCGAACGCUCAACUCCAUCAUCAAUUCAUCAUAUUUAUGUCAUAAUUAUUUAUUACUCCCUCCGGUCCUUAUUACAAGUGCCCAGCCGAUUAGCCCUUGGCGCUGCCACCUCUCGCCGUCAUCGACCGCCACCAAGCUGUUCUAUCUCCAUUGAUAAAGCGGCCACCGGGAAGCAAAUUCUUCUGCCUUCUGCCGCGCCCCUGAGAAUCGAGAUGGGAAGCAAAGGUCGGAUUCCGCCUAGGCGUCCUCUUCCUAACCCCGGCAUGGUGCACCCUGACCCCUUUGUUCCUCCACAUCGACCCCCUACCGGUGGCUUCCCUCCUUUUGAUGUGUUGCCUCCUUCAGAAAUUCUGGGCCAGAAACUAGCCACACAACAUUUAGAGAUGCAAAAGCUCGUGAUGGAAAACCGGAGGCUGGCUGCCACACAUGUGACUCUUAGACAAGAACUUGCUUCUGCACAGCAUGAGCUGCAAAUGUUGCAUGCUAACAUAGGGGACAUUAAAUCUGAGAGUGAGCAGCAGAAAAGGGCUCUUUUGGACAAAAUCACAAUGAUGGAAGCUGAUCUCCAAGCUGCCAAUUCUGUCAAAAUGGAGUUGCAACAGGUUCAAGCUGAAGCUCGGAGCUUGAUUGCUGCAAGACCAGAACUUAUGUCAAAAGUUCAGAAGUUAAAUCAAGAUCUCCAGAAGUCACACUCUGAUUUACAGCAGAUUCCUAUGCUGUUAUCUGAGCUUGAUGGUCUGAGGCAAGAGUACCAACAUUGCAGAGCUACGUAUGACUACGAGAAGAAACUAUCCAAUGAUCAUCUGGAAUCUCUUCAGGUGAUGGAGAAGAACUAUCUAUCAAUGUCCAGGGAGGUGGAAAAGCUUAGGGCUGAGUUAACUAAGUCUUCCAAUUCCGACAGAGCUGGUGCUUACUAUGGUGGCAAUUUGAGAUACAACGAGAACGAUGCUUCUGGAAAUUAUCCGGUUGGACAAAAUGCUUAUGGCCAUGGUUAUGGAGUUUCUCAGGGCAAAGGCCCAUUUCCUGUAGACGGAAGCAGCAACUUAGCUGCUGAUACUGUUGUUGGCUCUGCCAGCGGUGGUGUAGCUGGUGGGGUUACUCCUCCUGCUGGUGCUCAUUCUGGUUCUGAAAACCAAGUCACCCAAAGAACAGCAUAUGAGGCAGCUAGAGGUCCCAGCUUUAACGCACAACGAGGGCACACUGGUGCUGCUUAUGAUAUGCACAGAGGGAUUGGGGGCCCUGGAUAUGACGCUCAGCGAGGAAACCCAGUUGUUGGUUAUGAUCCCCAGAGAGGACAUGGGUAUGAUGCUCGUAUGUGGGGUUCGUAUGAAGGACAAAGCGCCAGUUUCAGUGGACAAGCUGCGCAGCCAUAUGAUUCCCGUAGAGGACCCGGUUAUGAUCCAAAAAGCGUUGGAUAUAAUCCGUCGCCCAAACCUCCUGGAUCUCAAGGACGGGAAGCUACUGCAAGAAAUGCUCCUUACGGGUCAGCAGUUCCAACCCCGCAUGGUGCUGGAGCUGGAUAUGGAGCACGCCCCCAAGGUGGAAAUGCUGCCAAGAGAUGA